GCCGGCAGCCCAAAAAUUUUAACUAGAUAUAUAGCUAGCUAGCUACAGUUUUUGUCUUUUUUAUGGUUUCUUAGAUAUAAAAAAUUUCUCUUAUAAAUUUCCUUUGUAUACAUAUAAGACACAAAAUUGAUAUCAAACUGCGUGGUUGCAAAAAAGCUUUAUGCUUGAAUACAUGUCAUGGCUGCUUUCAUGAAGACUAACAGAGAACCUGAUAUGCAUUCCAUUGAUCAAGAUCUUCUGUUAGCUGCUGAAAUUGGAAAAUCACUUCUUGAAAGAAAUAGAGAGUUGGAAGCUAUGUUGAAAUCAACACAAGAAAAUGCAGAAGAGCAAGCUGCUCAAACUAACUUUUAUUUGAAGCAAGUAGAUGUGUUGCGUGAAGCGAAUGAAUCUUGCAGCCAUGCUUGUGAACAACUUGAUGCAAACAAUCAACAGUUGUUGGACAAAUAUGAACAACAAAAAGCUGAAUGUAAAAUUUUGAUAGGUAAAAACAAUCGCUUGUGGGAAUUAAUACGUUCGUUGGAGAGGCGAAAUGAGGAGCUUUCUGUGGAGUUGAAUAACUUGCAAGACACAUACAAGGUGGAUGAAGAUGACAACACACGGAUUCAAAAUGACAGCUCGAGCAAUAAUGUAGAAGUGACUAGUUCUGAAGCAAAGCACGAAUGCGAAGCACUUGUUACAAUAUCAAAAGACGCUACUGACAGCACAGAGAUGGAAUUAAAAAACGAGAACGAGAGGCUACAAAAACUUAUUUCAGAAUUAAAAGUUAUCGUGAAAGUUGAGAGGUGGCAUAAAGAGGAAGUCGAGUCACAACUCGAUGACGUCAUCAACGAGAAUCAAAAUCUCCAUAAUAAGAUCGCAAGUUUGAAUCAAGAAAUACACGAAUGGGAAAAUUUCGCCGAGAAGGAGGAAUGCUAUCGAAGACUAGCCGAAGCGUUCAGCGUUAAACAUAAUAUUGAAAUCGAAGCCGAUUAUGAAGGAAGCCUGCUCGGGAGUCAUCAAAUAACACCGAAUGCAAAAUCUAAACUCGCCAAAGCGCAGUCGUGCGAGUUUUUAAACUCGUCCCAAGUGGCGAAAAGAGGAACAGUGGUUAAGUCUCCGAUUUUGUUAAAUCACGUAUUAUCGUCGGAGAACAGCAGUUCGUUUUUGUCGGAGCUGGAUUCUCAAUACGCUGACUUGGUGAAGCGAUACGAAGCUUUACUGGAGAAGUGUAAACAAGAAGGUCGCUUCACUGAAAAUCCCGAGAGAACUCGAAAAGUUCAGCGCGCUAUCCAAACGUUAUCGUUUGAUUUUUCAAAACUUGCUACUCCACUGACGUCUCCGUGUGGCAAGGACACGAAAACAUUGAAAGAAACUUGCGCCUGUCAAACAGCUACAAACACGGAGACGCAGGUCGAAUACAGGAAACUUUUUUCAGAUAUAUUCGCUAAGCUAAAAGAGUCAAAACUAGAGUAAUCGAUUCAUUUUCAGUAUUUAUUUUAUUUUUAUUUUUUAUUUUAUUUUCUUGCUCACAUAUUGAUUUACUCAUUUUUCUUACCCAUGAUUGUAAGGGUCCAGAAGUUCGAGUCUAACCUGUGUAAGUGAGUCAAACUUGUAUGAGCGAGUCGUUUUAUUAGUUCUUACCCUUCGUUCUAAACGUCAAGUUUGAAUUUCUUUAUUUUAUUUUUAAUUUGUAAAACACCCCAAGCUGCAAUUUUUUUUCAAAUAAUGCUUUCGCUAUAAUUUUCCGACAAGACGUAAACACUCGCAAAUUCUAGCGAUAGUAAUUAUUAAACUCGUGUUACAAUACACUAUAAAAGGUGAAAAACUAGUUUCUUAAAAAAAAUGUGUUGACUAGAGUGUGGUUUGAAAUAUGAAACACGUGGUACAAAAAUAUGCCUUGGAUUCUUGUUUUGUUGCAACAUUUUUAAAGGGAACUUACAUGUUCUUAACGAGAACAGCAAAGUAAUGUAUAUAGAUUUUCAAUUUUAUAUCCCGACCACUUUUCACUUAAUACCGUCGUGAACACAACAAACAGUACAGAAAAAAUAUUAUGUAGUGUUUGAAUCAUACUUUAUUAUUAUCGCCUUUAUUUUUCUUUUUUUUAAUUUUUGUAAAUAUGUAUAGAUAUAUAUUAUCCAUUUAUUUUCGU